AUGGGGCUCCGGGAGCUGUCCGUGGUGCUGAUCCUCGCCGGAGGACUCGUGCGCGUGAGCCUGCAAGGAGAAUACCAGCGAAAACUUUACCGAGAGCUGUUGAAGAAUUACAACCCCUUGGAAAGGCCGGUGGCGAACGAUUCUCAGCCCCUCACUGUCUCUUUCAGCCUUAGCCUCCGGCAAAUUAUGGAUGUGGAUGAAAAGAACCAAGUAUUAACCACGAACGUUUGGCUGCACAUGUAUUGGAAGGAUUAUUAUCUACAAUGGAACAUGUCUGAGUAUCCUGGAGUGAAGAAUGUUCGCUUUCCUGCGGGACAGAUAUGGAAGCCAGACAUCCUUCUGUAUAACAGUGCUGAUGAACGUUUUGAUGCUACUUUCCAAACAAAUGUUUUGGUCAACUCUUCAGGAUACUGUCAGUAUCUUCCUCCAGGGAUUUUCAAGAGUUCUUGCUCCAUCGAUGUCCGCUGGUUUCCUUUUGAUGUCCAGAACUGCAAAUUGAAGUUUGGAUCAUGGACUUAUGGAGGCUGGUCUCUGGACCUCCAGAUGGAAACAGCCGAAAUCUCCGGAUACAUUUCAAAUGGCGAGUGGGACUUAGUUGGAGUUCCAGGCAAGAGGACAGAAUCCUUCUAUGACUGUUGCAAAGAGCCCUAUCCAGAUGUGACCUUUACAAUCACAAUGCGACGGAGAACAUUGUAUUAUGGACUUAAUCUUCUCAUCCCGUGUGUCUUGAUCUCAGCACUUGCCCUUCUGGUUUUCCUGCUUCCAGCUGACUCUGGAGAGAAAAUUUCACUUGGAAUCACAGUUUUGUUAUCCCUCACCGUUUUUAUGCUCCUGGUGGCCGAAAUCAUGCCAGCAACAUCGGAUUCUGUGCCGUUAAUUGCUCAGUAUUUUGCCAGUACCAUGAUUAUUGUCGGACUUUCGGUGGUGGUAACGGUCAUUGUCCUCCAAUAUCAUCACCAUGACCCAGAAGGUGGGAAAAUGCCAAAGUGGACCAGAAUUAUCCUCCUCAACUGGUGUGCCUGGUUCCUGAGGAUGAAAAGGCCCGGAGAAGGCCGAGUGCGCCCGGCUUGCCAGCACAGACGACGCUGUAGCAUUUCAAGCAUGGAGAUCAAUACGGUCAGCGGUCAGCAAUCCAGCAAUGGGAAUAUGUUAUACAUUGGCUUUCGUGGCCUGGAAGGUGUCCAAUGCACCCCGACCACCGAUUCCGGGGUGAUCUGUGGAAGAAUGGCUUGUUCUCCCACGGAUGAGGAGAACCUCCUUCACAACGGUCACUCCUCUGAAACGGACUCGGAUCUAGCGAAGAUCCUCGAGGAGAUCCGGUACAUCGCCAACCGCUUCAGAGACCAGGAUGAGGCUCAAGCGAUUUGCAACGAGUGGAAGUUUGCCGCCUCCGUGGUGGACCGCCUCUGUUUGAUGGCCUUCUCGGUCUUCACCAUCAUCUGCACCAUCGGCAUCCUUAUGUCGGCACCCAAUUUUGUGGAGGCGGUUUCGAAAGAUUUCGCUUGACCCGCGCUUGGGGACUGCCCCUCACCCCAAAGCUGGCCAUUUCUCAAAAUCUGUUAUGUAGCAAUAAUGUAUUUCAGGGCACUUGAUUCUAUUGGAUAUAUGGAUGCAAACUUUGCUCUCUCU